AUGGCCAGGAUCAUCAUGGGGCCUGGAGGGAAGUGUGUUAUCAUGGCCAGGAUCAUCAUGGGGCCUGGAGGGAAGUGUGUUAUCAUGGCCAGGAUCAUCAUGGGGCCUGGAGGGAAGUGUGUUAUCAUGGCCAGGAUCCUCAUGGGGCCUAGAGGAAAGAGUGUUAUCAUGGCCAGGAUCCUCAUGGGGCCUGGUAGGAAGAGUGUUAUCAUGGCCAGGAUCCUCAUGGGGCCUGGAAGGAAGAGUGUUAUCAUGGCCAGGAUCAUCAUGGGGCCUGGAGGGAAGUGUGUUAUCAUGGCCAGGAUCCUCAUGGGGCCUAGAGGAAAGAGUGUUAUCAUGGCCAGGAUCCUCAUGGGGCCUGGAAGGAAGAGUGUUAUCAUGGCCAGGAUCAUCAUGGGGCCUGGAGGGAAGUGUGUUAUCAUGGCCAGGAUCAUCAUGGGGCCUGGUAGGAAGAGUGUUAUCAUGGCCAGGAUCCUCAUGGGGCCUGGAAGGAAAGAGUGUUAUUAUGGCCAGGAUCCUCAUGGGGCCUGGAGGGAAGUGAAAGGCAGUAUGCCCCCAGAGGGGCUUCAUCAGCACUGUGAGAGGUGUUACAGCCUCCGCUGCCAAGCCCCCGUGAACACCUCCGUCUCCUGUAUGGUGAUUAAGUGUCAUCUACACUGUGGCGCUGCCUUCCACAAGUGUAAGGAGGAGGAGCACCAGUUACUAUGUCCCAAUGAGACGGUCCCUUGCCUCAACGUUCACUACGGCUGUCCCUUCACCAUGCUCCGCCACAGGCUGGCCAAGCACCUGGAGGUCUGCCCUGCUAGCACCAUCAUCUGCUCCCAGCAAUGGAUCCGCUUCCCAGUGGCAGACACAGACUCUUCCAUCCACAGGACCACCCUGGCUGACCCAGAGAAGCAGCUGAACGUGUCCAUGGCCCUGAGAGACCAGGAGCUCCUCUUCAGAUGCCUCAAGAUGAAGACCGUCUUCCCUGAGCUGAUGGAGAAGAUGGAAGCAGAACCUGCUCAGAAAGAGAUAGAUGUAGGGGUCACCAGCUCUGCAGGUGAAGGUUGCAGUUCAUUUGGUCCCAGUGAAGCAAUGGAGGAUGGAGAUAAUGGUUAUGGAGAUGGAAUGGAGCUGGAGAAGGAACUGAGUCAGGAAGAGAGGGAGGCCUUGGCCAAGAACAAGGACGUGGCCACUCUCCAGAACUACAGCUCCUAUGAGGCCAUGUUCAGAAAAGAGAUGAAGGGAUGCCAACAAACUGUCAAAAACAUGGAAAAGAAGUUCAAUCCCGGUGAUGGUGAAGAAGAGAAAGCAUUUAGCUUGUCAAAUGGUCAUGGAGAGCUGGAUGGGGAUGGAUCAUCCAAGGAGUGUCAGGAGAAUGGAGCCACUGCAUGUGCUGUAGAUGUCACCAGAUCUGGCCUUGCACCGUGGCAGGACGGGGUCAUGGAGAGACUGCGUAGAGAGGUCACCACUGCAGACUACAACAUGUAUUUGGCCCACCAUGGAGCUAUGCUGAUCAACUUUGGUCAGCUUGCCGCCUGCACCCCAAGGGACAAGGACUUUGUUUAUGGAAAGCUGGAGCCCAUAGAGGUUCAAACUGUCAGAACGUUCAACGUUCCCACGAGCUACCGGCCGAAACGGAUUCACAUGCACGACCCUUGGUCACCGAUGGUCAACAAAAGUGUUGACACGUCAGAUCUAGGCGUGUCCGUAGAAGAUCUUCCGAAGUGUGAUGAAGUCAACGCAACUUUAUUGUGCUUCUUGGAGAAAGAGCUAAAGGGUCACAACAUCUCAGAGGGUGGAGGAGAAGAUGGCUUCUAUGUACACAUUGGAACACAGACUUACAACAUCCCAUCUGCUCCGUUCAAACCGGAAGCCUCGCUGGCAGACAUCAUCACAGACCCACACAAAGGCCUCUAUCUCCAGAUCCAAGCUGAGGACAUCACCAGAAGACACAACUUUACCAACUCUGCCUUUAGUUACCUCUGUGGCCACAUCUUCCGCCGCGAUGAGUACCACACUCACUUCAAGAACGUGCACUUGGACAUCCAGUCCUGCCUGAACGGCUGGUUCGAGCAGCGCUGCCCUCUAGCAUACCUAGGCUGCAACUACAGCCAGAGGAGGUUCCAACCCGUAGGUCAGAGAGCCACGGUCACCUACCGCCAGGAUCUCAGCACCUUCAGCCUCAAACCAGAGGGCCCCUCGAUGCUGUCCGACUCUGAGAAGACCAUCAGCAUCACCUCUGACAGGAAGCAUCCCCGUAAGCUGGACCCGUUGAGCAGACUUCCCUUUGAGAUCCUCCAUCACCUGGCAGGGUUCCUGGACAGCUUUAGUCUGUCUCAGCUGUCCCAGGUGUCCCAGUUGAUGAGGGAGGUGUGUGUCACACUGCUAGAGGAGAGGGGGAUGGUCUAUCUGAAAUGGGAGAAGAAGACCUACUCCCAUGGAGGGUCUUCAUGGAAAUGCAGAAAAAAUGUAUGGGAGUUUAGCAGUCUGUUUUCCAAGGUGGACAGGUGGUGCUUUGACGAUGUCCCCUCCAUGUCUGAGCACCUGAAGGUCUGCCCUUUCUACCAAAGAGAGGAGCUCAGUAUGCCUGUAAAACUAGUCAGUAUGGAGGGGGCCAGAGAGAGACCCCAGAGCCUACUGGACCUGCUCCAGGAGUAUGACCUGCCUUUAGCAGACCAAUGACAUUAUAAGGAAUUGGCGGUAGGUAUCCUAGCAGCUAAGGAGUUGGACCUGUAGCCGAAAAGUCACCGAUUUGAAUCCUGGGCCGGGCACUCGCUUGAUCUGAGGGGUGCUGGCUUUAAAUCCUAACAACAAUUCCCUUCCGUUGGGCCUUGGAGCAAGGCACUGCACUGCAGCUUGACCCUGUGCUCCUCUCAACUGUGUGCAUGUGAUGUAUGCUACCUUGGAAAAAGAGCAGAAGACUACGGUCCCUUAAUAAACCAUGUAGAAACAGUCAGAGCUCACUUACAAUUAAUCACUGUUACUAAAUUUGUAAAUGUCAAAAAGCAAUCUCUACAAAGUAAUUAACGCAUUUAUAAACACUAUUUUAAUGAUUUAUAAACACUAUUUUAAUGAUUAAUAAUGAUUUAUGAAA